AUGGAGCGCGUGCGGCCGUCGCCCGGGACCAGACGGGGCAGACGCAGCGACCGCGGCAGCAGCGAGGGCUGCGGGCUCCAGCUCGCCGCGCCCCGCCGCCGCCGCCGCCUGCGCGCCCUUCAGCCGGCCAUGGGCUCCCCACAGCCGGAGCUGGCGCUGAGCUCGGGCGCCGAGGCCGUCCCCACGCGCGGCUGGCCGGCGCUCGCCUCCUCGGCAGACGCCGCGACGCGCCCGGCCGCGCGCCCAUGGGCCGCGUGGCUGGCGCCCGGGCCACCGCUGGCCGAAGCCCUGCAGCUCGUGCGGCUGGCCUCGGGCCACUCGCGGGCGGCGCCGGCGCUGCGGGCGGAGCAGCUGGGCGAGCUAGUGGACGGGCUAGCGCGCAGCUUCCGCGGCGGCAGAGCAGGCGCCGGGGCAGCGGCCCGGGAGGCGCCCUUCAGCUGCCGCAAGUGCCAGGGCUUCCUCUACGAGCCCGUCUCGCUGCUCUGCGGGCACACUUUCUGCAAGACGUGCCUGGAGAGGGACCGGGCGCGCCGAGCGGCCGGCUGCGGCCUCUGCCCGGCGGCGGCAGGCGAGGGACCGGGCGCGCAGCCCCGGCUCCGGGUCAACGUGGUCCUCAGCCACCUGUUGGCCAAGUGGUUUCCCGGGCAAGUGGCGGCGUCUCGGCUCCGGCACGAAGGCAACCGCUUGUAUGAGGAGAGGAAGCUGCAGGCUGCCCUUCGGAAGUACGACGAGGCCGUCCGCUUAGCUCCCAAUGAUCAUUUGUUAUAUAGCAACCGGUCCCAGAUUAAUUCCACCUUGAAAUGUUGCGAAGAAGCGUUGAAUGAUGCGGAGACGGCCUGUAGGCUCCAGCCGUACUGGCUGAAGGGCCACUUGCGGAAGGGCCAAGCCCUGGCUAACCUUGGAAAGACAGAAGAAGCUUUACACGAGUUUUUAUUCUGCCUUGCUUUGGAUGGUGGGAAUAAAACAGCCAAUUCAGAGGCUCAAAGGCUUCUACGUAAUUUAUUUUCGUGUAUCCCGGGGGACGCUCAGGAGAACUUGCCCGGUAUCCUGCAGCUGUUGUCCCGUCACUCUAGAUUAAAAGGGAACCCUUUAAGUUCAUUGGGAUCUGGAGGCGCCGGCCACGGCCUACGAAGCUCGCCCAAGGCAAAUGCGGACAAGGAGAUGAGUUUUGCUCUCCACGAAGGACAGACAACGACAGACUGCAGCAGCUUGAGAAAACCCAUCCAGGUGACGGAGAGCCAGAAAGGGGACCUGGACGCCUCUGCAGCAGCAGGGACUGCCCUCCUGAUUUCUCAGCAGUGCACACAUCUAAAGAAAAAGCGCUGCUCAGAAGAGGUCCCGAGUGCCAGCCGACCGAGCAAAAUCAUGAAAAGGGAUGCAAGUGAUGCUAAAGGCUCUGGUACUGGAAACUGUGUUCUCUUUGACUCCGUGGACCCAUCUGACCUGGAGUGCUCUUUGUGCUUGAGACUCUUCUAUGAACCUGUCACCACCCCUUGCGGACACACGUUCUGCCUGAAAUGCCUCGAAAGGUGCCUGGAUCACAACCCAAAGUGCCCCCUGUGCAAGGAGGAGCUCUCGGAGUGCCUGGCAACAAGGAAGCACCGUCAGACGGCGCUGAUGGAGGACCUGAUCGCGAGGUACCUUCCUGCAGAGCUGACAGAGAGGAGGAAGCUUUACGAAGAGGAAAUGGUGGAACUUUCCAACUUGAAUAAGAACGUCCCCAUCUUCGUCUGCACGAUGGCCUACCCCACUGUGCCCUGCCCACUGCACAUCUUUGAGCCUUGCUACCGGCUGAUGAUCCGCAGAUGCAUGGAGACCGGCACCAGGCAGUUUGGGAUGUGCAUGGGGGACCCUGUUAAAGGAUUUGCAGACUACGGCUGCAUCCUGGAGAUCAGAAACGUGGAGUUCUUUGCCGAUGGACGAUCUGUGGUGGACAGUGUUGGCAAGAGGAGGUUCAAGGUGACCCAGCAUCGCCAGCGGGAUGGAUACAACACGGCAGAUAUUGAGUACAUAGAAGAUCAAGCGGUCCAAGGAGAAGACUACGCCGGGCUGACGGCUCUCCACCAUUCUGUGUACGAUCAGGCCUCCGUGUGGUUCGGUUCUCUCAAGCCGGCGCUCCAGAGCCGCAUCCUCAGUCACUUUGGCCCAAUGCCUGCUAAGGACUCCAACCCGCAGCAGACCAGCCCUAAUGGCCCAGCCUGGGGGUGGUGGAUCCUGGCCGUCCUACCUCUGGAGAGCAGAGCCCAGCUCCCGUUCCUUGCCAUGACGUCCCUGAGAGACCGGCUCAACGGCAUCAAGCGCAUCUUUGCCUUCAUGUCCCGUGCACGGUCACGGUGAUGCCGCGAAGUGGCCUGUGGAACCUCUGGCAAUACUUGAGCGUUCCAGUCCAUCCCUGCUUCCUGUGGCCGCUUCCGAACGCCCAGAUCUUUCGAGCGCUUCUCUGUCUCUCACACACGCUAAUGCUGAUCAACGGCUGGUCGUGCAGAAGACAUCAGCGGAGAAGAGGCAUUUGUAAUGCAAGUGAACAUUCUGGUUGCUGUAGUUUUUUCAUUCUCAUUGGCAGUUGAAGGGAAAGCACAAGUUGUAGCCUUGGUGGGUGAAAGAGCCGAUAUGUAGGUGCACUAAUGUUUUGAAGAGAAGUGUUUUGGAGAAGGAAAUGGUUCAAGUUUGGGAACACAGCAAAAGCUCUAUACGGAAUUUUUGAUAGAUAUUGUGUGGAACGCAUGCAGUGCAGUCCCAAGCAUGUUUACUCGGAAGUAAGUCCCAAACAGCAUAACGGGUCUUAACUUUUGUAUGAUAAUAAUGAUUAUGCUUAGGGUUGCAGCCUUAAUGUUCUUGAGUUGGUUCUUCGAUUUCUGCACUGUUGAUCAUAUUACCUAAGUGUUUGUUUAUAUACAGAAUGAACACACCCACUUUCGUGAAUAUAAACAAAGGUGAAUAUAUAGUGAAAGUGAACAAAACAGAAGUGAACUUGUUUGCCAUUAAUCUUUUUUUAAAGAGUUUUUCAUAAUUUGAAUUUUAUUUUAUUUUAUUGGAAUAGCUGCAUUGAAAACUGUCUGGUUUAAUGUGAAGCUGAAAUACUAACAAUAUUGCUGUGUUAUUUCAGUGAGUAGCUAAAGUCUUAUUUCAAAGGGUUCAGGUUUUUUAUAUAUCUGUAUAUAAAAUGCUCAUGAACUUUUGCUAAAAUGCUCUUUUAUUUAUUUAUUUUUGCACUAAAAUGUUUUUGUUUUCAGUUGUGAAUGCAUAGCAUAAUCCUGUGCAUGCUUACUCAGAAGUAAGUCCCAAUGUAUUCAGUGGUACUUACUCCUCAGUAAAUGUGUUUAGGAUCAGAACCUAUGUGUGUACGGAUUUAUGUAUGCAUCCAGGAAAGUUAAGCCGCUCUACUAAUUUAUGAUUUUUAUACUGAAUUGGAGCAGAGGAAGCAACAGAAUGAAGUAGGAGAAUUAGGGAUGCAGAAUCACUUGCUUUGAUAAUUUGUUUGUCUUCAACGUUUCCUGGGGGCCUAAACAGGUUUCCUGCAUAUCGCCGCUGUUGCUGCCUUUCAAGGAUGUGUCCAGGCAACGUGGCCCUGAAGUCCCCUUUUCCUUCUUCUUAAAAAAGCCCAAACCAGUGAGUGGUGGAUGUUCAAACUGUUUAUUCUUGCUAGCAGAAGCCUGAGGCUACUGGGUCAAGGUCUACCUUGGCUUUAGAUGGAGGGCACCAUUCCAGGUGGGUUUUGCCAGAAAGGAGCCCUCCGGCUCCGCCUUUCCCCAGGCAGCAGUGCUGGGAGAUGAAGGACUUUCUCCCGCUGAAACAGGCCCAGGGCGGCCGUGCCUUCAGUGUGGCCAUGGGGGGUGGGGGGGAGGCCAGCUGUGGCGGGGAGCCUUAGCUGCUUUGGCUAGCCGUGCCACCCCACCCCACCCCACCCACACCCACCCCUUGGAGACCUGCGAGGUUGCUAGAGGUGAAGAGAGCGAAGAGUGCCAGAUCUCUUGGUUGUGAGUGUUUGGGGCACGGGGCGGCCCCGCGCGUUUUCAUUUCCUUUGUUUUGAGAAGCGCUUGCCGUGACAGGGUGGGAAAACAAGGUGUUUGGGGGUGGAGUGAAUGCUGCAGUGAAGGCAGGGAAGUUGGGCAUUGACAGCACCUCUUCUGGAGGAUUUUCUAAGCUUUUCUUUAAGCCACUGAGCCCAGGGCAAGCAGUGGAAGGGGGAGGAGACCAAUAGUCAGCCUGAGGCCAGAGGCGGAAGCCUUUGAAAAGAAGGGGAAGCAGAAUCCCCAUCUGUUUACAGUCCUGAGUGGGUAAUUCCCAAUGUACUUGCCUGGGGAAUAAUAAUAUGCCUCUCCCUCUGGAUUGAGGUGGGGAACGACACUAAAUAAAAUAUAAUACAUAGAAUUAGUUAAAAGAGCAUAUAAAACCGAUACAAUAUUAAAAUAACAAUCACAACAUCUUAAAAUUCUUAGGUUUAAAAUCCACCUGGGUAGGCCUGCUGGAAGAGACGAGUCUUCACAGCUGUUUUAAGCUCACAGAGAGCAUUAAGCUGACGAAUCUCCUCCGUGAGAGGCCCUUCCACAGCCUUGGGGGGUGGGGCAGAAGAAAAGGUCUGCUGGGAGCUUUCCCUAACCUGGUGUCCUUUAGAUGUUUUGGCCUGCAACUCCGACCACGCCCCAGCCAUGUAGCCCCAGCACAUCCGGAGGGCACCAGGUUGGGGAGAGCUGCUUUAUGUACAUUCCCGAAGCUCAGAUGUGAGAAGGUCCCCUUUAAAGUGCUGUUUGGCCAUUCACAUUGCCAUUGCUGUCUGCUAAAGUGCUCGAGUGCAAAUGCUGAUGGUUAAAAGUUCUGUACUUCAGGCAGGGAAGGGCAGAUUUCAGGCCUCUGGGAUCGCCUUGCUUUUUCCCAUGAGGAUCUCACGGCCUAGCAACAGGGAGGGAAAUAGCCGUUCAGAAGAGUGAACGUACACUAAGAAUUACAGUGAUUGCAAAAUUGCAUUUUAGUUAAAACAAGGUCAGAUCAUCUGACAGAUAAAAGGCAUCCUCUCCUUCUUUAAGUCUGAAGAGGUAGGGCAGUGCCCGCCUGAGAGAACUGAAAUAAUUCAGUACUGGAUUUGUGUGUGUGUGCGGGUGUUUCUUUGCUCUUUUGUUCUUGAGUUUCAACAGACACUUAUUAGGAAACAUACUGUAGAAUUCAAAGGGAAGUUUAAAAAACCUCUCCUUAUAAACGUAGCCUGCCAGUUUAAUAAAACCCCUAGGUAUAAAUAAUAGAAAAAGAGUGGCAGUAGUUGGCAUUACCAGCUUUAUGUAAAACUUUUUAUCUGAUUCACUGUUUGUUUUUGAAUUCGUUAAUAUAAAGAAGAGUUCACAUUAUGCAGUUUUUCUGUAAUAUCUCUACUGGGGCAGAUGUCUUCCUAUUGUAUUUCCAGGCAGGCUUUUCUUAAAUUCUCAGAAAUAUGUCCAAAUUAAGGGGUGGGGGGAAUUAAGGUGGGCAGAUGCAAAUGUGAGCAGGGCUCCUGCACCUCUAUAACAGCAGUGUCAAAGAGGAAUUCCAGCAGAUGUAGUUUGCGUGACAAAUUCCCGGUCAUCUUCCCCCUGACUCAUACUGAAAAUCAAUCCCUUAAAACAAGGUCAAGUCUCUUUAACAUUUGCAUCCCUUCUGGGUGCAGUUACCAGAUGGAUUCAAACGCCAAACCACUGAGGCAGGGCUAUAUCUUAUCAGGAGAGUGUAGAUCUUAGCAUUUUUCUAUUACAGAUAUGGCUAUUUUUUUAAAAGGAAAUCCUCUAUGUCUUUCCCACCGAGAGUGCCCAAGGCAGUUUACAAAAUACGAAACGACAACCAAAACGAGUAACGGCUACAAGCAGUACGGAGUCAGCCUAGGAUACCAUGAAGCAGGAUCAAUAGAGCUUUGGCCAUUCGCAAUGGCUCAGAAUGAAGCCGAAAGCCACGAUGUCUUGGCGUGAGAUGUCGCCCGCUGGGCCUCCCCUGGGAGGGCACUCCAGAGUCAGGUGCCGCUCCCAAGAUUCAUGCAGUGAAUUAGCCGAGACACCUUCUUCCUCCGUGGGGUAUCGGCCCUGUCUCAUCGUCUGCAGCCACGCUCUUCUCUUGGCCAUCAUGGUUUUCCCGUCGCCCCUUUCGCCUCCAGAGACCACAAAACUCGAACCAGUCUGUUCUUCUAAAGUGAACACUGUGCAAAAUACGUGGGUUUACCCUGGAGUCCCAGCUCCUCGCCCAGGCGGCCUGAUGGUGGGGCAGAAGGCGACCUUCGCUGGCGGCUGCCAUGCAGGGGCUGAAACGCUCUUCUGCGGUCCGCGUCGUUCCAAUGACUUCGGCCCUGAGUUGCCCGUAACGUGCCAGCUUUCAUAACCUGUGAAUGAGUGAAUGCCUGGACUGACGUGCCUGCAGUCAGUGGUGGUUGGCUGCCAUCCAUGAGCUUCUCAGACUGCAUGAGCCAUAUAUAUACCAUCUUCUUUUUUUGAAGAAGCAUUUUUUUAAAAAAAAAAGUAAUUGAGACUAAAAAUUGAGGCUCAAAAGUGGUUUACAAAGCAGCAGUGUAGCAAAACCCUUUCUUUUAAUUUACAUGUUUCUGGCAUGAUUUCGGCCUAGGCUGCACAUGCAGGGAGGGGGAUGAGGCAGGGGGGUCCUGAGGUACCCUGUAGCCUUUUUGAACGACCCCCAUGUUUACAAAUGAAGAAACAAACCUCCCUGCAAGUAGACAACUAGUCUAUCAGAAGAGAUUUGAGCCCAUCCUCUUUCCUGCUCUGCCUGUUUUCUUACAUGGCAAGUUGUGUGUGUGGAUUUCUGACACAAAGGCGGAGCAGUCAAGAAUGGCAUCCCGCUUGUCGCUCAUGAUAAUAGAACCUGGCCUUCAUCCAAGCAACGCAAGCUUGGGCACCCCUCCGGGUGUGUUGGACUACUACUUCCAUCAUCCCCGGCCAAAGCAGCCAGUGGCCAUGCCAGCUGUAGAUUAUGGGGUGGUACGCCAACCCAGCUGGGGAGCACCAGAGCUCCAGCCCGUUUUACCGCUGCGAUACUUGACCCUCGCCUUCCUCUGCAUUCCUCAGCCAGGCCGACAUCACAAUGGCUCUUUGUUGAGAAACGCCCUUGAAUGUGGCACCCAGGUCUGCUCUUUCAGGAGCCCAUGGGACUACAUGAUCUUUCUAAUGCCAGGGAUCAAGCCAGUUCAAGGUGUCCAGCGUGUGGGGUUUGGUAGUUCCAUCUCUUUGUAUGGCCUUUUUCAGAAGGAGAGCGAACCUCUUGCACUAUGAUGAACUUGAAGUGAAAUUAAGUUUAAACUCUUAUCAUGGUCCAGCUACCUCUUUCUGUAAAAUAAUUUUAUUUUUUAUUACUUUUCACUUUGUUCAGGUCUGUUACGUUUGAGAUGUAUUUCCAGGACUAAUAAAACCUGCGUUAGGAUGUAUUAACGAUGUCAUUUGCAUUGAUGCUUUGUGUGAUUAGUGGUUUGGUCAUUAAACAUGAUUUUUGUUUA